UUUUCUGUGCGCCCUGCUGUCGACCGGCAUUGCACACACUCACUGGAUGGUGACCGAAGAGGGACUUCAACACAAGGAAGGGUCUUUCUUCGCUCUUAAACAUCCUCACGACUUGGUCGCUUUUAUGCACCAAGGCAUUGAAGGCGACCGAGUGGAAGUGAUGCGGCGCAAUUUGCUCAAACGGAAGAAACUCGUCGACACCAGUCGGACUCUGUAUUCUGAUAACAAGCUGCUUACCGAGGAGUCUUUCGUCAGCAAGAAGCCGCACUGUCAAGGGGCGGGAAAGUCGCUGUCUGUGAUUGACCUGCAGACUAGUACUGUGCUGCUGCUUGAGAAUAAGGGUAUUCGAACGAUUGAUCAUAUUGGAACGAGGCGUUUGUCGAGUCGGGACGUUAGGCGACCGAAUUGUAGUUCUGUGCCGUUUACGUACAGCAUUCAUUCCUAUGAUCAUCUGGAGGGUGUGUCGAAUAGAUGGCAGUUGUCUCAGAUCCCUGAAGAAGGCUUGAGUGGCGUGAUACCGACUGGUAGUGAUAGUCCAACCAAUUUCGGACAUCGAGUUGCGAAAGCUUUAGACAAGAAUGGUUCAUCAUGGGUUUUGUUGAAUUUGGCUGCAUUUUAUUGGAGAAUGAAAGGAAAUGCAGGAGAAGCGAUAGAGUGUUUGAGACGAGCUUUGGCUUUUUCGCCACAAAGACACAGAGAUGUUGGCUUUGUCAAUUUGGGCAAUAUCUUUCAACGUGCUAAACAAUAUCAGGAUGCUGUUGUAGUCCUUGAAGCUGCUGUGGAAAUCUCUCCUCAUUUUCAUGUUAUUCAGUACACUCUUGGAAAUGUUUAUGCUCUUAUUGGAGACUAUGACAAUGCUGAGAGAUGCUAUGCACACACAGUACGACUAGAGCCUGACUUUGAACCUGCCCGAUCACGGCUGCAUGCAGUUCGAUGCCAAAAGGAUCUGGAACAGUCACUAGAUGAUCAGGAGAAUUUGUUGGAAAAAGUUGUGCAGGAUCUUGAAGCUUACAAGGAUGAAUUUGAGGCAUUCAACACACGACACGAGUCACUUCUGAGAAUGAUGGCAUCAGAUGAAGAACAAGAGGAACAAUCUAAUUAUUAUGCAGAUUUCAAUACUUUUGACAGCAAUCCAUUUGCAAUGACCUAUCAAGUAGCUGCCAGUGACAAUGUAACAAAUUUGUAUGAGAGUCCAAGUCAGUCAGAUGAAUUUUAUCCUAGAGACGUGGUGGUUCAACCUUAUACUGAAAACAUAGCAGAAACAAUUCUCGUGAAGGUGCAAAAGAAGCAAAGCAGCAGUGACGUAGAAGUCAAUGGUUUUGAAGUAGAAACUGGUACAGCUGAUUCAAAGAUUGAAGCGUUUGUUGUGGAAUCUAGUGGUGAGGCUGUGGAGACAGGUGACUUAGAGAAAGACUCCAUGAUCAAUUCAGAAGACAAAGCAGAGUCAGCAGCUGUGGAGAAAGUUGUAAAUUUAUCUGAAAAGCCAAAGAAGAAGAAGAAAAACAAGAAGAAGGCAAAGCCCACAGAAAUAGACAAAAUCACCGACCAGACAUUUCCUGAUCCUUCACCUCAUGGUUGCAAUGAAGACAAAGUAGUUCCAGUUUGCAAACAUUCAUUUGCAGGGUCAGAUCGUGAUGGGCCUGCUAUGAAGGCUUACAAGAAAAUGAUUACGGAGCAGUCUCAUGCUAAUGCACAGCCAAAGAUUGAAGCCAAGGAAGAGUCAGAUGAAAUUGAAGUCAAGAAAGAUUUAGAUGAGAUUGAAACUAAGAAAGAUUCAGAUGACACCGAAGCCAAGAAAGACUCAGAUGAGACUAAAGCGGAUGAGACUGAAGCCAAGAAAGAUUCAGAUGAGACUAAAACAGAUGAGACUGAAGCCAAGAAAGAUUCAGAUGAGAUUGAAGCCAGGAAAGAUUCAGAUGAACAUAAGCAUAAGGGACCUCGUCUGGUACUCACUCUAGAUUGCCCAUCAUGUCAAGUUGAUGUUCCUGCUGAUAUCCUUGAGCGUCUCUUUGAUUUUAAAAGCUCAAAACCCGAAGUGGCAAAUAAGGAUUCUGUUGAAAAAGCCAGUCUUGACAAAGAAGAGCAUGCUGAUAAGGCAUUUGUUGAGGAUUGUGAUAUGAAAGGCGAACAAUUGAAAGACAAGGGCAGUGAGCAGACUCAAACUGAGACGAAUGUGAAUUUGAAGGGAAGCACAGACAAGACUGAAAAUGGGAUGGAAUUUAGUAAAGCUAAGCCUCGCAUUCGACUGCGUUUAGUCAAGCUGAAUGAAACCGAUGCCAAUGCACCGAAGUCAAUUCGCAUCGAAGUUGCAAAUGCUGCCGGGAAGUUUCCUGAUGAAGAUGCAGACAUGACCGAGUUUGAAGACACAGAAAUUGAUGAUUUGCCAUUGCCUUUACUGCAUUCUGCACCACCACCACAAGAUGAGUUUGGAAAUGUUGGAAAACCAAGAGUUCCUCCUGUUCAAUAUCGCCUUUUUCAGAAUGAGAAGGAGAUGGAGAUAUUUAAGACUUUGAUCAAGAAGGGGGGCAAUGUUGAAGUGAUAGAGGAAGGGUUUGAGAAAGAGCAGGAAGUGGAUAUGAUUGAUGGAAAACGGGUUAUAGAACGUACAUCAAAACAAGCAAUUACUGAGGAUGGAACAGUGUAUGAAAACAGGUAUCCACCACGUCUAACACUGAAUCCUGGGAUGAAUCAUUUUUGCAAAGCUGGUCGUGGUCUUCAGUGUGUACAGCCCGCAGAGAAUGAAGAGGCAGAGCACAACAUGCGAAUUCGUAUUGAACAACGGCGGUAUGACAUCGACAAUGCAGCUGAACGGCAGUCUGACUAUGGAAUGAAACUUGGCUCUGAUCGUCAGGUUUAUUCAAUGACAUACAUCAGUGCUAUUGAAAACCGGAGAUAUAGAAUGCCAAGACGACGAUCAAUGGAUGAACUAAGGUUGGUGGAAGAGCCUGACUAUAGUGCUCAUCCACAAUUGCCUACACCAUACUCUUCACAACGGCACAUGAAUGAAUCGAAGGAAAUGGCAAGAAACAGAAGGUUUCAUGUACAAGAUCGGAUUGAGAGAAUUUCAACAGACACAAAGAGGCCAAAAACAAGGCAGUUUGAUCGAGAUACACUUGUUCCACUUUAUGAUCAUCUAAAACAUUCAUAUUUUCCUGUUCCAACGAAACUUGGUGAUUGUCUAGAAUAUUUUGGACAUCUGACAACGUUUGAUGAUUAUCCAAGCACAUAUCUGGGACCUGAAGCCAGAGGAGCAAACGUGUCUCAUUUGUUGACUGACGGUUUGAGUGGUGGCAUCAUGCAUCACACACCAUGGUCUGUGCCUGUUUGUCACGACUUUGCUGAUUUGCCUUUCAGCAUGUAUGCGUUUGAUCAUCUGGUUGGAGUUCAGUAUCGAGACAAAUUUGAGUUCUUGCCUGAGCCACAAAUUCGUUCGUUGCUAGUGGGGAUGUUGGAUCCUGACGCACCUAUUGAAGAGGUAGGCCAGCGUGUUCUCACUAGUUUCAAGCAAGCAGAAGAGCAUGAGAGGGAAAAGGACAAAUGGGUGUUGUUCAAUAUUGCAGCGCUCUACUUUCGUGUCAUUGGCAACCCUUACCAUGCUGUUGAAUGCUUGCGUCGAGCACUUCAUUUCAGUCCACCUCAUGCACGCGAUGUUGCUCUCAUUCAGCUUUCCAACAUUCUAAGACGCUUCGGUCAUGUUUCUGAUGCUGCAGUUGUUAUGAGAACGGCACUAGAACAGCACCCUUUAGAGCCUUUGAGUCAUCUCAAUAUGGCUACCAUUUAUGCAGCUAAAGGCCUUCGGCGUGAGGCAGAAGCACAUGCUGGAUUUGCUCUUGAACUUCAACCCAACUUUAAUCUAGCAAAGCGCUUACACAAUGCCACCAUCUGUUCGCGUCUCUUUCCAGAUGACGAGAAGGGUAUUCACGGAGAACUCCAAGAGGCUCUUAUUCGACAGCAAACUGCGGAGGGAAAAGAGCCAACAGGAAGGCCAGAAAUAAAAUGCACUUCAAAUAACUGCAAACCAACUGUGUCUCCCAUCACAAAACGCUUUGGAGCUGCAACAACAGAAGAUACAACCAUGGCACCGUUUGAACUACCUGAAUAUCAAUAUAAAGACAAUCCUGCUAUGAAACCGUACUUGAAGCGUUGGGAGCGUGAAGAACUUGCCGCAGGGAAUAGAUCAAAGAGUUUACCUGCUGCUGAUGAGAACAGCAUUGUAAUAAACCCAGAAAGUCUUCUUGUGUUUAGAUUUGAUGUUCCACAGUCAUCUGUCUCAACAGACACACCUAAGCAGUAUUCACCCAAUCUCUUGGUUUCUGCUAAACCGCCAUUUAUUAAUCCUUCAGAUAUUUGGAACGAUGAACGUCCAAUCCAUAUAGUUCGUUGGGCUGCCUGUGACUAUUCACCCAUACCUUUGAAUGAGGAUGGCACGUGGAAAGAUGAGGAUGCAGAAGCGAGACGGAGACAUCCCCAUUAUGGUAAAGUGCCAGAUCAUAUGCUUUGGCCAUCUCUGGCAGAAUGUGGUAACUCAAAUCUUGUGAAUGUGUGGACACUGAUCAGUACAUGGGUGUCUCCUGAGAUCAAAGGGUUCAAUUUGAGACUGUUUCUGGACUUUGGUCAACUGUUUGAUAUGACACGGGCUUGGGAGCUGCCAAUGUGCUCGGUUGAAAUCCCAAAUAAUCCAUUCACAAUGGACCACCUAUCGGCAAUGCAGUACAGGCAAGUGCUUCAUACUUUUAAUUACUCGGCGGAAGUUGGACUAUCAGAGAUACUGAAGAGCAUCAGUGGAUCACAAAAUGUGACAAUGGAGGAGAUAGCUGUUCGCUUGUCACUGGCUCUAAAUAAGAACUCGUCUUCCUGGGUUGUGUUGAAUCUUGCUGCUCUGUACUGGCGAGUGAAUGGUAACGCUACAAGGGCUGUGCAGUGUCUGAGAGCCGCAUUAUAUUUCUCACCAACACAAUAUAAGGACAUCGCCUUGUCUGCUUUAGCCAGUGUGUUUUUGAGGACUGGAUUUUUUGAUGAUGCAGUGGCAGUACUGCAACGAGCCAAUGAGAUUGCACCCGAAGUUAUCAUCAAUCAUUUUGCAAUGGCGAAUGUAUUGGCAGUCAUGGGUUAUUUUAAAGAUGCCAACUUGUACUAUGAGUCAACAUUGUUGCAUCAGCGUGACUUCCCGCCUGCUAAGAUUCGACUGAAGUCAGUUCGAUGUCUGUUCAUGAAUCAGUAUCUUUCCCAGCUGGACAACGAUCUCAUGAGUGGAGCCCUGCGUCUCACACACAUUGAGACGAAGUAUCUAGAUGGGACUCGACCACUGGUUGAUCCAGAUGUGGUAGAGUGGGUCAUGAACGACAGGCCACUGCCAAUAGGAAAGAAGCCAGUCUGUGUGUUUUCGAAGGAGAAACGAUACUGUUAGAUGUGGAUAUGUGGUACACGUUUGAAUUGCUAGUCGUAGGUUGUCGAGUGAUCUUUUUGAUUUUGUCUUGUUCAGAUGCGCAUUUGACGUAGAGAAUAGUUGGUCAUUAUAGUGAUGAGAUUGUAGAUCUGUAAUCUGCAGUUGUGUGUUACACUCGACUUCUAAAAGUCGAGGCUUUCUAAUGUUGAAACAUUUUGAAGCAAAUUUUAAGGUCGUGUUAUUGAACUUUGAA